UCAGAGCGGGUUUAGAACCUAGUAUUUUCGCUUCCCCGGUGGGCGGCAACCUCACCUUAGCUGCCCGCCGGACCUCAACCUAGUCCGCUAGAAUUUUCUACACAUACCUUCACUCUUCUUCACCACCUCGCCGAAGCAAACCCAAAAUCCCUCUGGGACAUUUCGUCAAACACCAUGUCUGCACCAUUUUCACUAGUCAAGAGCUCUGAGAUUCAGAGAUGGCGAGAUCGGCCCUCCUUCACUUGGCUCGUUCGCAGACCACUCAUCGUCCCAAGUCCACAACUUCACUCUCUGGUAGUUAUCCCCGUAAGUUCGGAACAUGGUCGCCACACCCUCCGAGUACCAAUACCAACCUCUUCUCUCCUCUCUCGGGUUGGUUCUCUCCUUCCAUACACCUCUUCCUCCUCCGUCGCUCACGGCAAGUGUUGCCAUAGCCGAUCUACCAAGGUUCGAACACCCCGCGAAAGCCGACUAGGGUCGCCGCCAUCAUUAGCCCACGCAAUCGCCGGCAAUGACGAUGUCUUGAGCGAGAUCCUCCUUCACACCCUCGAAACACCGGCUGUUUCAAGAAAGCCUACGCUAGAGAGAAAGAGGAGUCCUCUUACAGGAAUGAAUGCCACUGAUCAAUCUGAGAAUUCUAAACCAGUUGAUGGUUUACAUGCUCGACUAGUAGAUCAGCAUAGAUGGCCAAGCAGAACUGGUGGGAAGGUGACUUCCAAUGCUUUAACUAGAAGCAUGGAUCUCACUGAUAAGGCAGCUCAAUUUCCAACAGUACCGAAAGUGGGAAUUGGGGUAUCUUCCCUGACGAGAAUGUCUUUACCAAAUGUGAGUAAACCGUUACUAAAAUCAGCUAGUGAUGCAGUGAAGCUAGUAUCAUAUCAUGAUUGUAGGAAUAUGGACCUUGAGGUACAUUCAGCGGAUUUGAAGGAAUCUGGCUUACACAAGCCCCAAUCUGCACUCUCUUUAACAUAUUCAAUAUAUCUUUCACACGCAGUUCCCAAACACAUCCACUACCUCACCUUUAUUUUCAUUAUUAUAAAGCACUACCCCCAAUUUUAUAUAAACUUUUCUAUUCUAAACUUUUCUCCACCACCCAACACCAUCAUCACAUUUUCCACCGCCCAACUUUUUAUCUUUUAUUCCACAAAAAAAAAUAAAUAAAUAAAUAAAUAAAUAAAUACAUAAAAAAAUAAAAAAUAAAAAAAAAUACCAAACCCAUUGCAGGUUUUACCAAAACCGUGGGACAAGAAACCCACGUGCACCACUCUCUUUUUUCCCUCAAUCUCUCGUUUUGAUGUCACCUAUAUCCUUAUUAUUUCUUUCUUUUUUUUUUAUUUUUCUUUCCCUUUAUUUUUAAUCUUUUUUCCAUUAUUUUUUCUGCUCAGUCUUGUCCCUUCAAGCCAUUCGGAUUUGCACAAUACACUCAUUUUAUUCAUAUCGGGACUUUGCCCUGAUCACAAUUUUACA